AUGCUCGGCUUCGCCCUCGUGAACAUCGUCGACACCAUCGGCUCGCUGCUCAUGCUCUGGCGCUUCGAGGGCGGCGGCGACGCCGUGCCCCACGCCGUCCUCGAGGCGCGCGAGGAUCGGUCGCAGGUCGGCCUCGCGGCCAUGUUCGUCGUCCUGGGCCUCGUGAUCAUCUGCGACUCCGCCUACCACUACCUCCAGGACGACCGGCCCACGGAGAUCCGCAUCCUCAUCUCCACGGGGCUCUCGACGUGCGCGACGUCGUCCGCGAUCGGGCUCUACAAGCUCACGGUCGCGGAGCGCACGGACAGCGACGCGCUCUACAUGGACGGCGUCUGCAGCCUCAACGGCGCCCUGCUGUCCUUCUCCGCGGCGGCGGCGGCGAUCCUCUUCAAGUGCGUGCCCCGGUUCUGGUGGAGCGAUUUGGUCGUAUCCUGCGCGUGCGCGCUCUGGCUCAUCUUCUACGGCGCGGCCGUGCUCAGCCGCUUCAAGCGGCGCAGGUGGUGGAGCCCGGCCUUCUGGGCCGUCGAGGCCGACGACGGCGCGCGCGGCGGGACCGCGGUCGCGCCGGGCGAGUUCUACCCGGGCCCGAGCACGCCGGACUCCGUCGACCGCAAGACGCGGGGGCAGCACUGCCGCGAGGGCGCCUGGUCAUCGAGCGCAAGGAUGGGCUACAAGUUGAGAUCGAGGGCAAAAAAGAUGGGCUACAAGUUGCCACCGAUUCUGCUCUACCUGCUAGCCAUAGCGCCAGCAACGCGCGCGCUCCCGUCCUUCUUCAAGCGCGAAUCGAAGCCGCGGCUCGCCGUCGCCGUGGACGUGGGCACGGAGUCGCUGCGCGUCGCCGUCUUCGACGAGGACGGCGUCGUCGUCGGCUCGGCGACGGAGGCGCACGAGACGUUCUACCCGGCGCCGGGCCGGGCGGAGCAGGUGCCCGACGCGUGGUGGCACAACCUCGGCGUCGCGUGCAAGCGGGCCGUCGGCGACCGCGCGGCGGACGUCGCGUCGCUGUGCCUCGCGACGACGUCGUGCACCGUCGUCGCGUGCGACGCGGCCGGCGCGCCGCUGCGCGACUGCCUGCUCUGGAUGGACGCGCGGUCCGCGACCGAGGCCGAGGACAUCCUCGAGAUGGGCGCGGGGGACCCCGCGUUACGGGUCAACUCCGGCGGCGCGGGCCCCAUAAGCGCGGAGUGGAUGCUGCCCAAGGCGCUCUGGCUCAAGCGCCACGAGCCCGAGACCUGGGACAACGCGGCCGUCGUCUGCGAGUGCCAGGACUGGCUCAACUUCAAGCUCACGGGCGGCUGGGCCGCGGGCGGGUCGAACGUCGCGACGCGGUGGCACUGCGACGGCGCUGUGGCCGUCGCGGAGCCGCCGCGAGCCGCGGGGCCCUUCCGGCCCUUCGGCGGGCGGCCGUCGGCGCUCUUAGCGAAAAUCGGCCUCGCGGAUCUGGAGGACAAGUGGCCCAUGCGCUGCGUCGCGACGGGCGCCGCCGUCGGCACGUUGACCAAGGCCGCGGCCGCGCACCUCGGCCUGCCGCGGUCCGUCGUCGUCGCCCAGGGCGGCGCCGACGCCUUCGUGGGCAUCGUCGGCGCCGGCUGCGCGACGGCCAGGGGCGGCGUCGUCGUCGUGACGGGGUCGUCGCACCUGCACCUCGCGUGCGGGCCCCUGCGCGACGCCGAGGCCACGCGGGGCGCGCCGAGCUGCUGGGGCGGCUACCGGGGCGCGCCCCUGCCGUCGCUGACGCUCGCCGAGGGCGGCCAGUCGUCGACGGGCAGCGCGCUGCGCCUCGCGAGCCGCCUUUUAGGGGACGACGACCUCAAAGCGCUCGACGAGCUCGCGGACGGCGUGCCCGUCGGCUGCGAGGGUUUAUCAGCUUUGGAGACGCUCCAGGGCGCGCGGACGCCCGUCUGCGACCCCCACGCGCGCGGCGCGCUGGUGGGCCUGAGCCUGGCGCACGGCAAGGCGCACGUCUGGCGCGCGGCGCUGGAAGCGGUAUGCCUCGGCACGCGGAACUCCCUCGAGGGCCUGAGCAGGGCCUUGAAGGACGACGGCGACGACGACGACGCGCCGCUCCACGUCUGCGGCGGCGCGACGAAGUCCGAGAUCUUCCUCCAGAUGCACGCGGACGCGUGCGGCCGCGCGGUCGUCGUCGGCGAGAACCCGGACGCGCCGCUCCUCGGCGCGGCGGUCCUCGCCUUCGCGGCCCUGGACCGCGCGGCGCGGCCGAAGCUCGACGUCGAGCGGGCCGUCGAGUCGCGGGUGAAGCGCAUGGUCCGCCCGAAGACGCGCCUCGAGCCGCGGCCGUACCAGUCCGCGGCCUUCGACCGGCUGGACCGGCGCGUGCGGUCGCGCCUCGCCCCCGCCGUCGCGCCGAUCUCGCGCGCCUGCGCGGACCUCGCGGCCGCCGAGGUCCCCGCCGACGAUCGGCCGCGGCCGCCGCGGAAGGACCUGCCCGGCGGUCUGAGACCCGUCGUCGCGCCGUCGCUGCUCGCCGCGGACCCGGCGAAUUUGGCCGACGCGGCGCGCGCGGCGCUGAGCGCCGGCGCGACGUGGCUCCACGUCGACGUCUUCGACGGCUCCAAGGCCUGCGGCGGCGCGCUCUCGAACAUGGGGCCGGGCACCGUGUCCGCGCUGCGCGCGGCGCUGGGGCCGGACGCGUUCCUCGACGUCCACGCGGGCGUGCGGCAUUUGGACGUCGAGGCCUACCGGGACGCGUCGCAGCUCACGUUCCAGUUCGAGGCCGUCGACGAGCCCGUGGCCGCGUGCAAGCAGAUCCGCGCGCUCGGGCUCCGCGCGGGCGUCUGCGUCGCACCGGCCACGCCCGCGGACGCGCUCGACCCGCUCCUCGACGCGGGCCUCGUGGACCUCGUGGACGUGCUCUUCGUCGAGCCGGGCCGCGGCGGCCAGGACUUCAACGAGGACUGCCUCGAGAAGCUACGGCACGUCCGCGCGCGCGCGCCGGGCGUGGACCUCAUGGCCGACGGCGGCAUCCACGAGACGACGGCCUACCUCGCCGCCGCCGCGGGGGCCAACGUCCUCGUCGCGGGCACGUUCUGCUUCCGCGACCGCGGCCGCCACCUCGAGGCGGCCGUCGACGCGCUCCACGCGGCCCUCGCGGAGGGCGCGGGCCACGCGCACGUCGACCAGCAGCGGAACAUCAUGUAA